GAAGAGUUCCAGUGUUGGAUAGCCAUAGCCAGCUAGCUAAGUAGCAUCCCUCUCUGUCUGAGCUGGGUGUUUUGAGUAGGCAGCUAAGUGAAAGUGAAGAGCAAAGCCUAUUCAUGGUUACCGGGAGACCGAGUAUGCUCGGUGGGGAGCUGUGUGUGAGGGGGGAAUGGAUCGCCUCCGAGCUGUGGCUUUCUCUGAGGGCAGCCCUCUCCUAGGCCCUGUGCAUAUCCUGGACCUGGACAAGGCUGGAUACAUCAAACCACACAUCGACAGUGUCAAGUUCUGUGGCAGCUCUAUAGCAGGGCUGAGUUUGUUGUCAGACAGUGUGAUGCGCUUGGUGAGGGAGGAUGAACCCGCUGAAUGGCUGGACUUGUUUCUGCCGCAUCGCUCUCUCUACAUACUCAGAGUGAGAGAUGGAUUCGCAGACUAAGGCUGCGCCGAUGCGCGUGCUCGUCACGGGCGGAUCCGGAUUGGUCGGGAAGGCCAUCGAGCACGUGGUGAAACAAGAAGGCGGCUGUCUCGAGGGCGAACAGUGGACCUUCCUCUGCUCCAAAGAAGCCAACCUCGUAGAUCUACAACAGACAAUAGCAGUUUUUGAGAAGUAUCGGCCCACCCAUGUCAUCCACCUGGCUGCCAAGGUGGGAGGACUCUACCUUCACAUGAAGGAGAACCUACACUUUCUGAGGGACAACCUUCGCAUCAAUGACAACGUGCUGCAGACGUCUCACGAAAUGGGCGUCAUCAAGGUGGUGUCCUGCCUGUCCAGCUGCAUCUUUCCUGACAAGACCACCUACCCUAUCGAUGAGAGCAUGAUCCACAAUGGGCCUCCACACGACUCGAACUUUGGCUACUCACAUGCCAAAAGAAUGAUUGAUAUUCAGAACAGGGGAUACUUUGCACAGCAUGGGCGUCGCUACACCGCCGUAAUCCCGACUAACGUGUAUGGUCCCUAUGACAACUUCAACUUUGAAAAUGGUCACGUGCUGUCGGCACUCAUGCACAAGACACAUGCUGCUAAAAAGGAGGGAACCCCUCUACAGGUGUGGGGCUCCGGAACACCCAGGAGACAAUUCAUCUACUCUCUGGAUGUAGCGCGUCUGUUCCUCUGGGUGCUGCGGGAGUAUGAUGAGAUUGACCCCAUCAUUCUCUCUGUGGGGGAGGAGGAGGAGCUCUCCAUCAAGGACGCCGUAGACAUGAUCGCAGACGCCCUGGACUUCAAAGGUCAAAUAAUUUUCGACACCAGCAAGUCAGACGGUCAGAUGAAGAAGACGGCCAGCAAUGCCAAGCUGCGACGCUACCUCCCUGACUUCACCUUCACGCCGCUCUCUGAAGGUAUCAAGAAGACCUGUGAUUGGUUCGUGAACAACUACGACAUAGCCCGAACAUGAAGACCAAUGAAGAUAGAGACAUGAAGAUUGUUUAAUGAAAAAUAAGACUAGGGCUACGUCCCAAUACUA